AUGUCGCAGGUAUAUAAAUCGGAACUUAAAGACCAAUUCGUUGACGCUACCCUUGAGGAGCGUCGUUUGCACGAAAAUAAGACCCAUCAGAAAUACUGGCUGAAAUGGGGUCCCUACCUCAGCGAACGUGCCUGGGCAACAGUCCGCGAAGACUAUUCCGAAAGUGGUGACGCCUGGACGGAUUUUCCGUUCGAGCAUGCAGCCUCCAGAGUGUUCAGAUGGGGUGAAGACGGUAUUUUCGGUGUUUCAGACAACCACCAGCUCAUUUGCGCCAAUGUUGCCAUGUGGAAUGGCCACGAUGAGAUCCUCAAGGAGCGGAUGUUCGGUGUCACGGGGCCUCAGGGAAAUCACGGUGAGGACGUGAAGGAAUUGUACUACUACGUUGACAACACUCCCACCCACUCGUACAUGAAGGCCCUUUACAAGUAUCCGUUUGCCAAGGCUUACCCCUACGAGGAACUCGUGGCCAAGAACGGCGAGCGUGGCUACGAAGAUCGUGAGUUUGAAGUUUACAACAUUGACGGGCUUUACACGAGCGAGGAGCACGGCGACACGCCUUAUUUUGACGUGGUGUUUGAAAUGGCCAAGGGCGAUGACAACCCGAACGACCUAAACUUCAGAAUCACCGCAUACAACAGAAGCGACAAGCGUACAGGAGAGCUGUAUUUGAUGCCCCAGGUAUUGUUCCGCAAUAACUGGGGUUGGUGUCGGAGUACCGCUGAUAAACCCGAGCUGUCAAAGGGGGGAAGCAAUUAUAUCAACUUGGAAUGCAAGAAAUAUGGGCAUAGAACUGCAGUUUUUGCUCCAUCUCCAGGUGGAUUCGGUGACGAGGACAGUGAAACCCAAGAUGUGGAACCGCAAUUGCUAUUUACCGAGAAUGAAUCGAAUUUGGAAAAACUGUUUGAUAGUGGACCAAAUCCAGCACCUUUUGCCAAAGAUGCGUUCCACGAGUAUAUCGUGGAGCAUAACGAAAAAGCCGUUAACCCAGAAAAUGUAGGUACCAAAAGUUGUGCUGUUUAUCAUUUCCCCAAAGUACCUCCUGGAGAAUAUGUUACAGUAAGAUACAAGCUAACUGACAUUGAACUACCCAAGUACAAUGACGAGUUGGUGAUUGAUGAAGAAGAGUUCGAUGCGAUUUUUGAAAGGCGUGAAGAAGAGGCAGAUAAUUUUUACUGGAAAAUUACUCCGCUUCCCAUCAGCGACGAGCUUAGACGCGUGCAGAGACAAGCAUUUGCAGGUCUACUGUGGUCCAAACAAUUCUAUCAUUUUAUUCAGGAACAAUGGCACAAUGGUGACCCUAAUGUCAAACCUCGUCCCCCUCCUAACAGAGCUAACGGUAGAAAUAAAGAUUGGAAACACAUGUAUGUUGAUGAUAUUCUGUCUUUGCCUGAUAAGUGGGAGUAUCCCUUUUUCGCGUCGUGGGAUACAGCGUUUCAUUGUAUACCAUUGGCCAUGAUCGAUCCCGAAUUUGCCAAGGGACAAUUGGACCGCAUGACUAGAGAAUGGUACAUGCAUCCAAACGGUCAGAUGCCUGCUUAUGAAUGGAAUUUUGGCGAUGUCAAUCCGCCAGUUCACGCCUGGGCUGUCUAUCGUGUCUUCAAGAUUGAAAGAAACAUGUAUAAGCGUGAGGAUCGGGUAUUUCUUGAAAGAGUCUUUCAAAAGCUACUACUGAAUUUCACUUGGUGGGUAAAUCGGAAAGACUCUAAUGGUCAGAACAUUUUUGAGGGCGGUUUCUUGGGAUUGGAUAAUAUAGGUGUUUUCAACCGGUCCGAGCCUUUACCCACAGGUGGUGUAUUGGAGCAAGCCGAUUCUACAGGCUGGAUGGCCUUUUUCAGUCUACAAAUGCUCAACAUCGCGUUGGAACUAGCCAAAGAGAACCCAGUUUACGAGGAUAUUGCAUCCAAAUUUUUCGAACAUUUUAUUCUGAUUAGUGACGCCAUGUCGUUCGACUACACGAAGAACAGGGACGGUGAGGAUUUCCACGAGGAAGUCAAAGAAUCCCUUUGGAACGAAGAGGAUCAAUUUUACUAUGACGCUAUUUCAUGGGGAGGUCCUUUCAGACAACAGCUUCCUAUUCGAUCUCUAGUCGGUCUUAUCCCAUUGUAUGCUUGUAUGACUCUGGAGCCCCAAAUUCUGGACAAAUUUCCAAGCUUUAAGAAACGUUUGGACUGGUUUGUCAACAACAAGCCUGAAAUUUUUGGAAGGAACAUCGCAUCCAUGAAGAAAAGAGGUGUAGGCGAGAGAUUGCUUUUGUCCUUAGUCACCAAAGAAAGGCUAGAAGCAAUUUUGAGGCGUAUGCUUGACGAAACUGAAUUUUUGUCUGAUUUUGGAGUCAGGUCUUUGUCGAAGUAUCAUGAGGAACACCCAUUUUCCAUGGAUGUCAAUGGUAAUCAGUACACCGUCAAAUAUCUACCUGGUGAGUCAGACUCCGGUAUGUUUGGAGGGAAUUCGAAUUGGCGUGGUCCUAUCUGGUUUCCAGUCAACUUUUUACUGAUCGAAUCUUUACAAAGAUUUUUCUUGUAUUACGGACCGGAUUUCAAGGUUGAGUGUCCAGUUGGAUCUGGUAUUAUGUUGAAUCUGGCUGAAGUUGCAGAGGAACUGGAACACAGGUUAAUUCAUCUAUUUAUGCCAGAUGAGCAUGGUGUGCGUGCUGUCUACGACGGCGAAAGUGCCAACAUGCUGUCUGAAGAUGAGCAUUUCAAAGAUCUCAUUCCGUUCUUUGAAUACUUUGAUGGAGAUACUGGCAGGGGUCUCGGGGCUUCUCAUCAAUGUGGCUGGACCGCUUUGGUGGCUAAAUGGAUUCACGAUGCCGGUGUGUCAUGUCUUCGUUUACCAAAGAGUUCCAGAAAUUCAAACUCCGCCGCUGCCAGUGUUUCAUCGCGUGCUUCAUCGCCUACUCGGCCUGGUCUUGGCCGAAUGGCCAGGCGUAAGAGUGCAAAAUCACUAGUCAACUUAACGGGUACUUUGCUAGACUUGAGCGAAGAAGAGAAAAGGAUACACAGUCUUGCCAACGUUCGGAAUCGGUCUGCUUCACGUGGCGCCGAGCAGCAGGAAGAACAAGUUCCUCCAAAGGAUCCAACCGAGAGAGAAGUCGUUGAAAAAGGAUCCAAAGCUCCAACCACUCACGAUUCAGAGGCUGCUAUCAUCGGUGAUUUGAAAAGCAAGCUGUCGACCUUUAAUAUCGAAGAGGCUGCCGAGAAGAGGGCAGACGAAGAAGAACUUUUGAACACCCGUAAUGAGGGGCAAUAA